AUGGGUGGGUACCUGUGGAGCGACGAGAACCCGGCGGGGAAGCGACGGGUGGCGGGCGCGAUGGCGCUGCUCGCGGCGAGCAAGGCGGCGAACGUGAGCGUGCCGUUCGCGUUCAAGUACGCGAUCGAUGGGCUGAGCGCGCAGGCCGGGAUGGCGACGAGUGGGGUGGAGGCGAUGACGCACCUGCCGAUGACGGCGAUCGCGGCGACGCCGGCGGUGAUGUUGGUCGGGUACGGGGCGCUGCGAGCGUCGGCGAGCCUGGCGAACGAACUGAGAAACGCGACGUUCGCCAAGGUGAGUCAGGGGGCGAUACGAGCGAUCGCGCGGAGGGUGUUCGCGCAUUUGCACGAACUUGAUUUGAAGUAUCAUCUCGAUCGGCAGACGGGGGCGUUGAAUCGCACGAUCGAUCGCGGGACGCGAGGCAUUAGUUUCCUGUUGAAUAGCAUGGUGUUCAACGUGUUCCCGACGGCGUUUGAAAUCGCCCUCGUGAGCGGUAUUUUAUCCGUAAAGUGCGGACCAGAGUUUGCGAUGUUAACCGGAGGUACGAUCGCGACGUACACCGCGUUCACGAUCGCGUGCACGCAGUGGAGAACAAAGUUUAGGCGUCAGAUGAACGCGCUGGAAAACGAAGGCAACACGAGGGCGAUCGAUUCCUUGUUAAACUUUGAGACAGUCAAGUACUUCAACAACGAGGAACACGAGGUGAAACGCUACGACGAGAGCUUAAAGGGCGUCGAACAGGCGAAUUUGAAAAUCGCCAGCUCGCUAGGGAUGUUGAACUUUGGACAAAACGCCAUUUUUUCGGCGUCCCUCUCCGCGGCGAUGCUCCUCGCCGCGCAAGGCGUCGCGCAGGGAAACCUCACCGUAGGGGAUUUGGUCAUGGUGCAAGGGUUGCUAUUCCAACUAUCGGUGCCGCUGAACUUUUUGGGGUCGGUGUAUCGCGAAGCGCGACAGUCUUUGAUCGACAUGACGUCGAUGUUUCAUUUGUUGGAAGAGAAGAGCGCGGUGCGAGAGCUGGAAAACGCGCCCGCGCUCGUCGUCCCGGACGAGGGGCUUUCGGUGGAGUUUAGAAACGUGAGUUUUGGAUACGACAACGGGAGAAAAAUUAUAGAUGGACUCUCCGUGACUGUUCCCGCGGGUGGUUCUCUCGCGUUGGUCGGCGCGAGUGGGAGCGGAAAGAGCACGCUCUUGCGCCUGUUGUUUAGGCUGUACGACGCCCAAAAGAAUGGCGACGGCGAAACUUCGGGCAUCUUUCUCGGCGGUCAAAACGCGCAAAGCGUCUCUUUGCGCUCUUUGCGCGAAUCCGUGGCUGUGGUUCCCCAAGAUACGGUGUUGUUCAACGACACGAUCCAUUACAAUAUUCAUUACGGUAAAAUGAGCGCGUCGGAUGCCGAGGUUCGCGAAGCGGCGCGUCUCGCCGCCAUCGACGGUCCCAUUCUCCGCAUGCCCAAGGCGUACGACACCAUCGUCGGUGAGCGCGGAUUAAAACUUAGCGGCGGGGAAAAGCAACGCGUCGCCAUCGCGCGCGCGUUGCUCAAGGGUUCGCCUUUGGUUUUGAUGGACGAAGCCACGAGCGCUCUGGACACGAACACCGAGAAAGAUAUUCUUAAAAUGCUCGAAGUGUUGAUGAAGGGCAAAACCACCAUCGUCGUCGCGCACAGGCUUUCCACGGCGCGAAAUUGCGACAACAUCGCCGUUUUAGAGGAUGGCAAGGUUGUCGAAUACGGUUCGCACGAUCAACUCCUCCGACGCGGGGCCAAGUACCACGCGAUGUGGACGCAACAAAACGGCGCGGGCGACGACCGCGCCCAGCGUCCCGCGCACGACCCGACGACGUCGCUCGACGAGUUGCUCGCCCGCGAGCGCGCGAGACAAGACGCUGAUGCGAAGAAGAAAGCUCAGGCCCAGGCUGCGCUCGACCGCAAGCGAUGCUGUUGA